AUGAACGUCGGGGGCAGGGACCUCUCCAUCGGCCUAAUAACUGGGUACGACGGGCAGAGAGCCCUCGACAACGGUCUGCGCCGCCCGGCCGAGUACCGUGGUUGCGGGCGGGCUCUGAAGGGGGAUUUCUUUUUCGUCCACCAGGGGCGUCGGCUAGCUUCUGCGUGCCUGGAGCGAAGCAAUAACGGCGUCGACGGUGCCCGCCAACUCGCUGGGGGAGGCGGCACCAUGGGCACUGUUAGCGACCACGAGGCCAGUUUCGGCGCGGCAGAGGUGUGA